AAAGGAUGAAGAACCAAUUUUGCUCUAAGACCCUUUUCCUCGUUUUCCUUCUUGUGGUCACACAGUGGUUGACCAUUGAGGCCAAAACUUGCAAUCCUAGUGGCAAAAUAAAAGGAAAAACUCCUCCUCCAGGACAAUGCAACCCGGAAAAUGACUCUGAUUGUUGCAAACAAGGCAAAUCUUACACCACUUACAAGUGCUCACCAAGAGUCUCUGGCCACACCAAGGCAGUCUUGACACUAAACAGCUUCGAGAAAGGUGGAGAUGGCGGUGCUCCCUCGGAAUGCGACAACAAGUUCCACUCAGACAGCACUCCAGUGGUGGCCUUAUCCACGGGAUGGUUCAAUAACAUGCAGAGGUGUUUACAGAACAUAACCAUAUAUGGUAAUGGGAGAAGUGUGAAUGCAAUGGUUGUGGAUGAGUGUGACUCAACAGCAGGAUGUGAUUCUGAUCAUGAUUUUCAGCCCCCAUGUCCUAAUAACAUUGUCGAUGCCUCUAAAGCCGUUUGGAAGGCCUUACGAGUUCCAGAAGGCGAUUGGGGUGAACUUGACAUUUACUGGUCUCAAGCUUGAUUUCCUUUGUUAUAUAUAAUAUUAUAUAUCAUUGUGCUGAACUAGUAGCUUAUCAUGUAUUCUAUUUCAGUGUGAUUUGAGCCUGUGUAUUAUUUGUUUAUCGUUCCUUUUUCUCUCUCUUUUUUUUUCUUCUUUUUAUUUGAAUUAAAUUAAUGUAAUUGCACUUCUCUGUCAUCUAUGAAAACAGAAAAUUUUAGCAUUCAUUCUUCACUUUAUCACUCUUUUUUUGUUUUU